GCCGGCAAUGUUCAAACGCCUAAUUAUUCGGCUGUAAACAACUUGAACGUGCUUAUGCCGAUCUGUUGCACAACGGCGACGCAAGAUGUUUCGUCUUCUGUUGGACUUACUCAGGAACAUUCUACCUGCGUAAGUGACCCCAUUUCCUACUACCGUGAAACUGUUCAUUCAGCGCCUUGUAGUCCAGGUGAAUAUGCGCAGACCGAAUCGUUAGCGUCGUCACCGUCCGGCGGUCAGUCUUUCCCUCCAUCCAACUAUCACCUGUUGCAGUCUCAACUGCAAAACUUCAACAUCAAUUCCACGACGAUGAACCAAGGAAACGGCGGUUGGUACAGUCAACCUUCAGUCCCGUACGAACUGGUAAUGGACGGCUCUUUGUCUGGUGUCUACAACCCGGUGGACUCACUUUUCGCAAGUCACUUACCCGUCGGAUAUGCUCAUAACCUUAUGGACAACAACGGCCGAAUAUCUGGAUUUUCCUCACUAAACGACAGAGCGGCGUUGACCGAAUCAUGUUUAGGUGCUGAUGGAUCAGUGAAUAGCGAUACGGCUUCAUCAUUGCUCGGAUCCGCGAAUUCAUACGACUCAUCUGUGGAUCCUUUCAUGGACAUCAAAAUGACCGUCGAUCCUCGGGAUUUAGCUGCUCUUCAGCGACUGAGUUAUGAACAGGACUUGAACAUUGAUGCUGAAUCGGAAGAGGCUUUGAGAAGAGAACGGCUAUAG